AUGAGAGCCCUCUUUUUCGCUCUUCUUCUUCUCUCCCUCGCCGUCUUCUCGGCUCUCGGAGCGCCAAUUCCAGAAGACGUGAAAAAGGGCGAGAAGUUGGUGGAAUCGCUCCAGAAGGCCAUCGAACGGAAGGACAAGAAACUGAUCGGAGAGGUGUUCGACGACGGAUUCGUUUUCGAGGCGUGCGAAAAGAAGUACACUAAAGGUGAUCUAUUUCAUGAAAUAGAAACAAAUUGAUUCGGUUUGCAGACGACGUCAUCCAGUUGCUCGACAAUCUCGGAUUCAAGAUGACGAGUGCCAUCGAGCGGAGCACUCAGAUUCUGUUGGUCGGAUCGAAAAAGUUCGUGGCGACGAUUCGCGAGUCGUUCGUUCCGAUCACCGCCGAGUUCACCGUCUCGGACGAGUGGAAACUUCUGCACGGGAAGAAAAAUUCAUGUGACGAGAACACAUUUUAUCUCAAUAAAUGAAUUUUCCAUUUUUCGCCGUGCACAACUUCCGUGACCGCCUGAAUUUUGUGCUGGCUUCGUGACCCUUCGCUUCUUUCGCUCGCCGACCACCGUUCAGUCUCCGAACAAUCGCGACAUGAAACUUCUUCCGAUCUUCUUGCUCUUCACGUUUUCGGUAGGCUCCUCUCAACUAUCCCGCCUCCAACGACUUGCUUCAGGCGUUGUGCUCGAGUCAAGAGAGACUGAACACGAAGGACGUGGUCCCGCACGCGCCGGUGGUCCGGGACGCGGCCAAGGACGCGGCCGAUAUUGAGCUGGCGCGUACGACGGCCACCAAGUUCGCCGCCGAUCUGAUGAACGUGCGGAAGAGCGAGAACAUCCACGAUCUGACCAACUGGCUCGCCGACGACAUCCGCUUUCAGAUGUGCGGCAUCGAGCUCUAUUUCGGUGAGCUCUGAGCAGCAGAUAUAUUAUAAACUUCCGGUUCUCCAGGCCACUUCCUCGCCUUCGUAACGAGCGCUCUUCUGGAGAAGGAAAAGUACCCGACGCCGUUGCAACUGGUGGUCGACAACGCGUACACGCGUCCGGAAGACCCGGUGAACGCGACGGUUCCGCGCGUCCCCGACGCGUACCUCUCGAUGCUCGUCAACGCCUCCGGCUUCAACUUCGAGGCCAACGAUCAGAUGAUUCUGGACUUUAAGAAGCAGCCGGACGGCUCGUACAAGAUGUGGCACGGCGACAUUCUCACGUGCCGCAUCGUUCCCGCAAAGGACGAGUGA